CAUUUUGCUGGUGUGAGCUUCGGACUGGUCCCCUAAACUUGAACCCCAAAAGCGCAGUGCUUGAAUCCUCUGCGACCUGGUGCCACCUGACAUAAUUCAUGCUCAAACAGAGCUUGCGAACUCGCUGCCCUAACUUAGGGGGCCUCUAGCUGUCGUGGAACUGUGGAGAACUCGAGGGCAUCUCUCUGAGCUGACGGGGCGACCUAGGCAACUGGGUCUGCCGUUUGCUCGUAUGUGGGCGCGAUGCCGUUGGCGUUCCGUAGCAACAGUCGGCCUCGCGGAAAUGGUGUGGCAACACCCCUGACCCUGCCCGCGACCAGUGGCGGAGCGGGUCCGCCAACCUCGUCGUCUCUCACGGCUUUCGCGUAUGCUGUGCACAAGGCUGCACGGUUAAGGUCGCCAGUGGGGCCCUCCCAGUGGAAGUCGCUGGUGCUGGAUGAGCUGCUGGCGGUCGAGUUCGAUGAGUUCCUGGCGCACGUGGCCGACAAGGGCCUGGAGCCGGAGAUUCGCGCCGAGGUGUGGCCGCUGCUGUUGGGCGUGUAUUCGCCGGAGCACAGCGCGGAGCAGCGCGCCGCCGCCUACAGCGAGCUGCGGCGCCGCUACGAGGGGCUCAUGCAGCGCUGCAGGGAGCUGGAAACGGCGUUUGUUGAGUCCACGACCGCUGUCCGUCGCAGCGUGCGGCCGCACGGCAUCAGUGGAGGUGGCGCGCCGCCGUUACCGCCGGCCGCCACUGCUGCUGCUGUCUCCUCUGCUGCUGUGGACGCUGCGGCAGAGGAGGCUUCGGUUGUCAUCCCCGCCCCCACGCCGGUCGCAGCUGAGUCAGCUGACGGAUUGGCGGCUGCAGGAGCGGCGGAUGAGCCGCUACCCGGCAGCUCACUGGGCGAUAGCACCAGCAACAGUGAAGGUGUCGCCACAUUGCAUGCGACGGAGGAGCAAGAGGAUAGCGAUGGUCGCAGCGUGCCCGCCUCCUCCUUACCCUCGGCCGCCGUGCUGCCGCGGGCGGAAACCGCUGUGCCGGCCGGCGCCGGCGGGGGCGAUGACACUGCGGCCGCGACGGGCACUGGCGCAGGCGCGGACGCCGCCCUGGACGCCGGCAGCAGCCCACGGGGCGGUCUGCUGCCCGUGGGCCACCUCAGCCGCCAUGACAUGCCGCCCGAGCUGCGGCCGUACUGGGAGUCGCAGCAGUGGAUUGCAAUGGACGCCAUCCGCACCGACUUUAAGAAGAACGCCCUGCCGGGCGCUACCGCCGCCGCCACCGCCGCCUCACAGGGCGCCUCGGCCUUCGCCACCGCCACCAGCGGCGGCCUCAGCCUGAGCCUGUCGGGACUGGGCAUCACGGGUCUGGGCGGUGGCGGCAGCAACGGCGGCCUCGCAGCGGGAGGCGGUGGCGGCGGCGCGCCAGCGGUGCGGGAGGCGGUCAUGUCCGCGCCAGCGUCCGUGUUGGGGUCGCCGGUUGGGCCGCCGGCGCAGGCGGAUGUCGGCGGGGGCGCUGCGGAGGGGCCGCCGCCGGCCGAGGCGGGCCUUCCGGGGGACACAGCGAGCGGGCCGUCAACGUCGCUGGUGUCGACGUCGUCUGCGGGCGGCGGCCGCAUUGCCAGCUGGCUGGCCUCGGCGCGGGAGCGGAUGGAGAGCAGCUCGCUGUACCAGGCGGCGGCGCGGCGCGGCCGCCAGUCGCUGCCAGCCGUGAGUGAUGAGGACGUGGCGUUGGCGGUGGCGGCAGGCCAGCCGGCGGUGGCGGCGGCCGCGACGGCCGCCGCGGCUGGCGAUGCCAGCGCUGGCAUGAGUGGGAGCGCUGCAGAUACGCUCGGGCCUUCGUCCGACAUCGCUUCCACAGCGGGCGCGGUUGCAAGCGAUGCACCUGAGACGCAGGCUGCGCAGCUGGCAGCGGUGGUGGCGGCGGCCGGGAGCAGUGCCGAGGAGCAACAGCAGCUGGACUCGGAAGUGUCACUAGGCCGUGGGCUUGAAGCGGCAGCCGCACCUGGGCCACAGGACGCCGAGCCCGCCGGCUCGCCGGCAUCUGACACGGCCCCGGUUGCGCGAGUCUCUGACCAGACCCAGUCCGCACCGGCUGCCACCGCCACCGCCGCCGGCGCAAGCACUGGUGCCGCCGCCAGCACCAGCGGCUCCACAGGUUGGCUGGCCAGCGCCAAGGAGCGCAUCCAGGCCGCUCGCCGCAGCCUGCAGACCACCAGCCGCGACCAAGUGCAGGGGCAGCAGGCCGCCGCCAAAACCACAGACGAGCCGGCGGCGGCCGCCGCCGCGUCACAGCAGCCGCAGCAGCCAGACCAGGUGCAGCAGCAUGACCAGCACCGGCAGGAGCAGGGGCAGGGGCCGGAGCAGGGGCAGGGGCAGGAGCGGGCGGGUGGGUUGGAGCGCAGCAGCACCGAGAUGCUGGAAGCCGCACUCCAUUCCGGGUCAGGAGGACCAGGAGCGGAUGAGGAUGGUGCAAGCGCCCCGACAGGAAGUGGGACGGCUGACGCCGCUGUCACUGCCGCGUCCGCGGCGGCUGCGGCCACUGCGGCCUCUGCCACAGAGAUGACGGCUCGCGCGACAGGUGCUAGCACGGCGGGCGCGGGUGCUGCGGCGUUGAUGCCAACGUCGGCCAGUAGCGAUGACGCCGGCACUACAUCAGUGGGCUGGCUGGCUAGCGCCAAGGAGCGCAUCCAGGCGGCCCGCCGCAGCCUGCAGACCAGCAAGGAGAACCCAGUGCAGCCCAAGCCGCCGCCGGUACUGGCGCCCUCGCAACAGCCGACGCCGCUGCAAGCGGCAGGGGGGCCGCAACCACAGCCACAUCAAGGGACGUCUACUGGCGGUGACGUGACCACCGGCUGCAGCGGCGCCGCCUCUGCGGCAUCCUUACCUCACCCGGCAGCAGCAGCAGCAGCCACUGGCGACGGGGCAACUCCAGAGCCAUUGACAGCUGAGGUGCCAUCGGCUGCCACCGCAGUUGGAGCAGCUGAUGCCGGCGCGCAGCAGCAGCAGCCGUCAGACGUUGCCUUACAACAUCCCUGGACCGGGGCUGCUGCGGCAGCGGCGGCGGCAGCAGCAGUACCAGCCGCCUCUGCUGCGACCGCGCCGGCGACGGCACUGUCAGCAACUGGGGGCUCAGGCGAACCCACACCGCCCGUAACAGGCGAUUCCCCGCCUCUGCAGUGCACCUCGGUGUCGCCCACCACGCCUGGAGGCAGCAACGUCGCCGGCUCGCACCUCUUCUCCUUCAGCAGCGUCUCCAGCAUCGCCGACGCCUACGCGGACGCUGCCGCAGCCGCCAGCGCCCGCGCAGCGGCUGCCUCCGCCUCCGCCUCUGCCGCGAGCUACGGCUCCGUGCCACCGGUGCUUGAUGCCACGCAGCCGCACACCCACUCGCACUCCCGCCUGCAAGUGUCGCUGCCGCUGGGGUCCGCCGACUCCACGCCGCUGCCCUCCACGGCUUCGGCCGCGGCCGCGGCCGCGGCCUCCACUCAGAAUCCCUGCAUUGACGCGGGCCCGUCUUCGGCAUCAGCGCGCGCCGCGGCCGCAGCUCCUGCCAUGCUGACAAGCACCACCGGCAAGCCGCACGCCCGCAGCCGCUUCGCCGCGGACGCCCUCGCAGCGGCCAGCGCCGCCGGCGCUACCCCGGGUGGCGGCGGCUGCUGCGGCGGCGGCGGCCUUGUCGGCGGCAGCGAGGGCUCACCGGCUCUGUCGCUACCGCCGCUGGCGCAGUCGGACUCGCCGCUGCUGCCCGCCAGCACCGCCACCACGCCCGCCGACGUCGGGGCCAUGCCGGGCACCUCGUCCACCACCCCAGGCGACCUGACGGCUGAGCACCCCAGUGACCUGGACCUGGGAGCCGAGCCCGACGCCGGCCGCCGCAGCGGAAGCGCUGGCGGCGCGGCGCCGGAGGCGCCAGACGGCGGCGGCUCCGCCGCCGCAGAUCUUGCGGGGGCAGCAACGACGACAGUGGAUGCGCCUGAAGGAGGAGCAACUCCUGCCGCUGGAUCGUCGUCUGCUAGCAUCGCCAUUGCUGCUGCGUCGUCUGCAGCGCCCGCAAUCCGGCGCUCCGCCAGCGGCCUGCCCAGCUGGUUCAGCCGCCCAGGGGAUGCCAACUCUUCGGCGACAGCAGCAGCGGCAACGGCGCUGCCUGCUGCCGCUGCCGCCGCGGCUCCAGCGCCCGGCACGUCCGCGCCAGAGUCCAGCUCUGGCAGCGGCCUCGGCUGGCUGCGCCGCUUCGCAAACAGCACCUCGUCCGGAGCGCCUGCGGCCAGCACGUCGGCGGCGGCCGCCCUGCCGCCGCUGCCGCCAACCAGCUCCGCAACAACGGCACCAGCGGGGCCGGCCCUGGCGGCCGCGGUGGCCGCGACGCCGGGCGCGCAGCUGCCAGCGGCCGUGGUAGAGGCCAGCGGCGGAAGCGGGAGCAGCAGCGGACUGUCGUGGCUGCGGCGGCUUGCCGCUGAGUCGGGGCUAGGAUCAUCCGCGGCGCAUGCGGAGGUGGGCACGCCCACAGGCGCCGCGACGCCCACUGCAGAGGCCGCGGCGGCGGCUGCCACCUCAGCUUCGGGACUGGGCACCGGCAGCAGCGGGCUGCACUGGCUGCGGCGCUUCGCGGAGCCCUCGCCAGCGCCACCGCCUUCACUGCCGCCGGUUGCGGCUGCGCCGGCUGACGGCGCCACCCCGGCAGCUGCGCCGCCGCCGGCAUCAUCAGGCCCUGUGUCGGGCGGCCUGACGUCGAGCCUGAACCCAUCCAACUGGCUGCGCCGCUCAGCUGAUUCGGCGCCACAGCUUGUGCCACCGCCGCCGCCACCUGAAGCCGGCGGCGUCGAAGCCGCUGCUGCUGCAGCUGCCACGCCGGGAGGCGCCGGUAGCGUCACACCGAUAGCCGCCGCUGCUGCCGCCGCCGCCGACGCCGCCGCAGCAGCUCCCAAGACCUCGCUGUGGCUCCGCCGCAUGGCCACCGAGUCCGCCGCCACGUCCGUCUCCGCCUUCGCCGCAGCCGCCGCCACGCCCGCGCCCGCCUCGCCCACCGGCCCCAUCACCAGCGUUACCGCCGCCGCGGCCACCCACGCCGCCGCCGCUGUCGGCAGUAGCAGCGCCGGCGGCUACAGCCACAGCCAGUGGCUGAGCUGUGUGGCUCGCUACCACCUGGACCACUCGGCCCACUUCACGGCGGGGCAGCGGCGGCAGGUGGAGCGGCUGGUGGCGCUGCUGUCGGCCUACGCCGCACACGACCCCGCGCUGGGCUACUGCCAGGGCAUGUCCGACCUGGCGCUGCCGUUCCUGCUGCUGCUGGACGAUGACGCGCUGGCCUUUGCCUGCUUCGCCGCGCUCAUGGUCAAGGUCCGCGCCAACCUGCUGCCGCGCCACUGCGACGGCGUGUUCGAGCGACUGGCCGCGCUGGGGCGCCUUCUCGCCGCGCUGGACCCGCCGCUGGAGGCGCACCUGCGGCGCCUGCACGCCGCGCCCGACUGCCACUUCGCGCACCGGCUGGUGGCGGUGGCGCUGCGGCGCGAGCUGCCCGCCGAGCUGGCGGUGCGGCUGUGGGAGCAGCUGUGGGCCGACGACCUGCUGGAGGAGCGCCUGGCGGAGGAGGCGGAGGAGGAGGAGCGGGAGCGGGAGGCGGAGGAGGAAGAGGCGGCGAGGGAGCGCGCGGCGCGGGUGGAGGGCGAGGAGGGCCCGGCGGCGGCGGUGGCUCUGGCGGCGGCCGCCGCGGAGGAGGAGGCGCUGGUGGCCGCUGCGGCGAAGGCGACGCCGGCGGCCGCCAGUGGUGGGGUUGAUGGCGCUGAGCAGCCGCAGCCAGCGGCCGUUUUGCCUGAGCCGGCUGCGGUGGCAGCGGCUGAGCCGGAGGCAGCGGCGGGCUCUGUGCCGGCUGCAAGCGGCGGCGCCUCGGGCAUCUGUGGCAUUGUGUCGGCUGCAGAACGGGCUGAGGGCCUUGCCUCCGCGGCCUCGGACAUUGCCACCGAAGCUGCGGGUGGGGUUGGGGCUGAUGUCAAGGCACCGCCUGAGGGCACGGCAACCUCCCCCGUCCCGCAGGCGCCAGUAGCGGAGGAGGCUGCAGCAACAACAGCAGCAGCAGCAGCUGCAGCAGUUGCUGAGGAUAGCACGGCCCCCGAGGAAGCCGCCAGCAGUGCCGCCUCUUCCCCAGACGCCGGCGAGGUUGUCGCCGCAGUUGCUGUGGACAGCAGCAGCACGAGCCUUCCGAACAGCAGCGGAUGCGGCGCAGCCGCUGCUGACACCGCUACAGGGGAUUCUAACACGUCUCCACUUAACGCGGCCUACACCACCACAGCACCCUUAACAACCACCACCGCAACCUCAACCACCACCACCGCAACCUCAACCACGCCAACCACGGCCAUCACACCCACCGAGCCGCCGCCGCCGCCCGCCUUCAGCCGCGAGCUGUUCCAGUACGUGGUGGCGGCGGUGGUGCUGUCGCACCGCCGCCGCCUGCUGGACUGCGCCGAGCUGGACGACGUGCUGCGGCUGUUCCAGCAGCUGCCGCACAUGAGCCGGGCCGACGUGGCGGCGGCGCUGCAGCGGGCGCGCGAGUACCGCGAGCGCGUGGCGCCGCGAGCGGCCGUGUACGCCGCGCAGCGGCGGGCGGCCAAGGCGGCGGCCGGGGCGGCGGAGAAGCGGGCUGCGGGGGAGAGGGAGGGGGAGGUGAAACUGGCGGCGGUGGCAGCAGCGGCCGCAGUGGCGGGCGCCGCGGCGACGGCGGCGGCAGCAGCGGCGGCGGCGGGGCUGCAGGAACUGGAGGCGGCGGCGGCCGAGGCGGGCGCGGGGCUGGUGGCGGGCGCGGCGGAUCUGGCCGCCGCCGCGGCGGUUUCCGGGGUGCCGCCCGGCGCCCCCGUUGCAAAGCUCUAGAUGCUCCGCGGCGUAAACGGCUGUGAUAUGCUGUGGUGCUAUGUUGUAGUAUCUGCAUGGGUACGAGGACUGGGCCGGCAUCGACACGAGGAUGGGGCCGCGUAGCGGGGAAACGAUGCAUGCAAAUAAGAAGCCCCGGGGGAACGAUAUCUCAGCAAAGAAUUCUGACCCAUGGAAAUCAGAGGGCUGCGUAGCGAGCGUAUCUGUAUGGCAGCAUCUGGCGAAGAGGCGGGUGUGCAGGAUUAGGCACUAGGCAGGUGUGCGCAUUAGGCAGGAGGGCCAAGGCUCUGGGGGACGGCUGGUGCUGUGCGUGUUGUGACCGUGUGGGGUGCUGUAGGCAGGCUUGAGACGCAACGUGGGUCCGUCAGGGUGCAGCGGCCGAUGCACGAUUGCGAUCAGUGGUUGUGGCGUGUGUCCGGGCUCUGGCCCGCCCUCCUGACGCGCGAUUUGGAUUGCAUGCGGAUGGCAGGUGGGUCACGUGGAUUUGAGUGCAUCUGUGUGAAGGGUAAGUCUGUUUCAGCGUAGGCGCCAUCUGCGCAGCGUGCGUGAACACGUCAGCGAGUACUGAGCAUUGUGGAAGCGACUCCCCCGGGCGGCCAGAAGCGUGGGGGUGCUAUGCAUGCUGCUUAUUGCGCACUGUGGCACGGGGAUUGCUGCAUGUAACGCAAGAUGUGG